AUGGGCGGCUCAGAAGAUGGCCCCGGCAACCGGCUGCUGGCCGCUCUCUGCACGGCCCUGCCCAUGACGCUAAUGAGCUUGGCGUCCUGCGUGUCUUACGCCCACCUCAUGGAGUCAAAUAAACGGCCGAUUUCCGUUGCGCUCCUGUCCUCCUCGAGCUUCUUCUCUGCAGGCAUGGCGAGCUGGAGCCACAACAUGUGCUCCCACUGCCCAUUCCUCAUGACCUGCCCCGACAUUACCUUCUCCCUUUUCUUGCAGGCAGGGCUGUCGCACGUGCACAGCCCUGCACGGGCAAUGCUUUCCAUCCAUCUGAGCGGGGUGCUACUGGGAGGUGUCUUCUGGUUGCUGGGCUUCUUCCGCAUCAUGGCUGCACUGCGAUACUUGCCCUAUCCGGUGGUCGCCGGAUUCUUGGCGAUGAUUGGAGCUGCAGUGACCAAGGCAGCCUUCAACCUACUCCUAGUUGGCCCUACGACAUGUAGGCUCGUCUCCAUCCCAGUUGCCAUGUUCUUCGGCAUGACAGUGCUGAUCCUCAAGACUCGGGGCACGCGGACCAGCGUCAGUGCGCCCGCGCUGAUCAUGUUGCUGCUGGGCGGCUUCUACGGCACGGUCUGGCUCACUGGCAAGUCGCAGGCUGACCUGGCGCAGGAGGGGUGGGUGUCGCCGCCCAGCGGCCAGAGUGAGCCGCUGGAGAUCUUCACGUUGCUCUACGAGUCAUUCCUGAACUUUCGGAACGUCGAGAGCUUUCACGGCUUGUUGACGGAGAUCUGGUCGAUCACGCCAGGUCUUGAGACUCUUUUGCUGCUGGUAGUGCCCAGCAUUAUGCGAGCGUUGACAAUCAUAGCCAUAGAGUCGGCGUACGCUGACGAGCCUUACAGUGUGGACCAGGAGAUGCAGUGGCUAGGCCUGGCGACCCUGGCAGGGGCAGCGGUGGGGGGCGUGCCCAUGAACGCCACCUCGGCCAUGACGGACCUCACAAAGGAGGGCGUCCGUGGGGACAGGGUGGCAGCCAAGCGCACUGCGCAGAUUGUGUCGCUCCUUCACCUCUGCAUGUGGGGCUCUGGCUUUCCGCUGGUGGACUACCUGCCGCGCUUCCUUCUGGCAGGCCUGCUGAUGCAGAUGGGCGGCGGCAUGCUAUGGGACUGGGGCUGGCAGGUGACUGGCCGUGUGCAAUGGAGUGGCAUGGUUGUGAUCUGGGCCAUGGUGGCGACGAGCCUGCUGAGCGACACUUUCAAGGGGGUCUUGCUGGGGGUGGUCUUGGCGCUGAUCUCCCUGAUCAUGCGCUUCUCCAAGCUGGAGGUUCUGAAGUACCAUGUGUCUGGGGUCCACUUCCGUUCGGGGCAGCUCUACUCCCAGACUCAGCGGGCAGUGCUGAAAAAGUACGGUGACACCACGGAGAUCGUGGGCCUCACCGGUUUCGUCUUCGAGGGCGUGGCCAUCUCCUUGGCGGUGUACCUGAAGCAGACCUUGCGCACUGCCACGGAGCUUGAGAGGCUGAUCGUAGACUGCGCCAGCUGUCAAGGGAUCAACGACAGUGCCAUGUCACACCUAGCGAAGGUGGCCCAGGAUUGCCAGGAGAAGCAUAUCCAGCUGAUCUUCUGCAGCCUCAGCCCCUUCGACGAGGCGCUGGUAAGGAGCUGGGCCCUGGACGCGCAUGGCUGCCGCAUCAUGGGUUCCAUCACGGAAGCCCUGAGCACUGCCGAGCGGGAGACGCUUAAGGAGGUGGAGCCGGUGAAGCCCACGCAGAGGCAAAGCGAUGAGAAGGUGAUGAUGCGAGCUUUGGCCAAGUGGCUCGGAGAGGCGACUGCUCAAGAGCUGCGGGGCCACGGAUUCUUUCACGAGGUUGGGAUGAAUCAGGAGAUCAGCACCCAAGACCUGGUCAUGGAGAAGCUGUUCAUUGCGAUCCCUGGUUUCUCAGACGUCCAAAUGGAGGUGCAGACAGGCACGCAGAACCGGCCAGCCAUGCUGCUGCGCACCUGCAGCGGCGCGGUGUGCCCGGCGGAGGCGCUGAUCGGGUCCCAUUGUCGAGGCAACUGGGUGGCCGCGGGGCGCUCCGUGGGGUUGCUGAUCCACGACGUGAAGCUUCUCAAGGAGCAGCCGAAGGUUUUAGCUGCGCUGCAGUCAGCAGCGCUACACCAGCAGCUGCUGCAGUCGGAUCAGCUCUCAGCCAUGUACACCCUGAGCAAGGGCGGCGGAUGGAGAGGGGUGACCUUAGACGCCACUACGAACCUCCGCACCUCGCGAGCGCUGGGGGACUUCGGCCCGCGGCGCCGGAAGAGCUACUCCAAGCGCGCGAGCUUCCUGCGAGCGAGCAGCGGCCAGCAGGACCCGCUGAGCCAGCUGGAAUUGGACACAGGUGUCUCCAGCAAAAGCCUGCGGGAGAGGCAUGCUUCCUCGGACGCCGACAUUGCGGUGGCAGCAGUCUUGGACUUUCAGAGGUUCAACUCAAUCUCAGGCACUCCCAGCCUUGAUCUGGACAUGGAGGCGGCACAGGAAGCGGAGAGCACCAAUGUGAUGCUGAACCGCUACUCGGUGAGCGCCAACCUGAACCAACUCAGAUCCGUCGGCACCUUGGGGGACCUGGACUUCGAGUCGGAGUUCGCCGACUUGGAUUCUCCGGAAAAGAAAGAGGCGAUCAUUGAGAUAGGCGACGCGCCAAAGUGA